AUGGCCGCGGCCCUGGCCCGGGCGGCGGGGCGAGCAGCUCCCCGGGCGGGGCUCCCCGGACACUCCGCGCCCCGACGCGCCGCCCUCUCCGCAGGUGCGGCUGCGGCGCUGGCGCUGCUGUGGCUGCUGGUCCGCGCUCCGGGGGACGCCGGCUGUCACCCGCUGACCGUGGCCGAUCUCUUCGACCGGGUGAUCCGGCACUCGGGCAGGAUCCACAGCCUCUCCACGGCGCUCUACGCAGAGCUGGAAAAACACUUUCCUCCCCGUGACAACGAGCUGGGAAGGCCCGCUCGGAAGUGCCACACGUCGGGGAUGCUGACCCCUAACGGCAAAGAAUACGCCCAAAAAAUCCCGAGAGAAGAACUAACUCAGGUGAUAUUGAAACUUUUGCAAGCCUGGAAAGAACCACUUUCCCACUUCAACCAGCAUAUUGAGCACCAUCAACAGCUACCUGAUGACAGCCUUAGCAAAGCUAAGCAAAUCAGCAAUAUGGUACAUGAGCUGAAGACUGGAGUCGAGAAAGUAACAGAAAAGAUGCAGUCAAUGGGGAUCAUCAGCAAUUCAUUAAAUGGGAUGGCAUCAUCUGAAGACACUGGUUUAUCAAUUAGUAAUGAAGCCAACAUGAUGAGUGACUCUGACUUCAUUCACUGUUUUAGGAGAGAUUCCAAUAAAGUACAGAGCUACUUAAAAAUUCUCAAAUGUAGGAUUAUGCCAGAAAAUAGCUGCUAAAUUAUAAUCCCUUGAUAAGUAGUCUUCAGCAUGUUGCUUAUAAAGAUUUUAAAAAUUAGAACUUCUAAAUUAUCACUUUCACAGUAAUUUUAAUAGGAAAGAGUUUUUUAAAUCCUUUGGAAGCUGACACAGUUGACCAGUGCAGAUGAAAUGCCAAAUAAAGUCUCAUGUGUGUAUGUCAGUUAAUGCACCUAAAAAGGAGUACUCUAGUAUUAGAUAAAUAAAUAUUCUUGCAUGUUACAUUGUGGCAGACUAUACUAUGGCUGAUUCACAAAGUUUGGAUAUAUACACAGAAUUACAGAAUGGCUUGGGUUUAAAGGGACCUUAAUGACCAUCGAGUUCCAACCGCCACUAUUGGCAGAGAUGCCAUCCACUAGAUCAGGUUGCUGAGGGCCCCACCCAAGCUGGCCUUGAACACUUCCAGGGAUCCACAUCUUCUCUGGGCAAUGUAUUCCAGUGCCUCACCAAGCCCUUGAGUAAAGAACUUCUUCCUGACAUCUAACCUAAAUCUCUCCUAUUUUAGUUUAAAACCAUUUCCCCUUAUCACUCUUUUUCCAUGUACAAUGCCACUCUCCCUCUUUUUUAUGAGCAAUUUUUAAGUCAUGUAAGGCUGCAAUGAGAUUUCCCUGGUGCCUUCUCUUCUAUAGGCUAAACAAUGCCAACUCUCUCAGACUAUCUUUGUGAGGUUCUUGUGGCCCCACUUCUUAAGCUUGUCCAGGUUCCCCUGGAUGACAUCCCCUCCUUCUGUUGUGUCAGCUGCAUUGCUGAGCUUUGUAUCUGCAAACUUGCUGAGGAUGCACUCCAUGCCACUCUCUGUGUCAUUGAGGAAAAUACCAAAGAGCACCAGUUCCUAGACAAAACCUUGAGGGAUACCAGUUGUCACUGGCCUCCACCCUGACAUAAGAUCCACUGCUCACAAUUCCCUGGCUGCAUCCAACCAGCCAAUUCCUUAACUACCAAAUAGUCCAGUCUUCAAACCCAUGUCUCUCCAAUUUGGAGAUGAGGGUGUCAAGUGGGACCCUGUGGAAAGCCUUACAGAAGCUGAAACAUAGUUACAAGCAUAAAUGAAAGUAAGAUUCAAUUUGUUUAACCUUGGUACCUUGGUAGAUCUGUAUACUAUCAAUAAAAUAUAUUUUUACCUAAAAAAAAAAUCUUCCCCCCCCAUUUCUACAUACCUACCUACCCACAGAAUAUUGCUUAACACUGAAGCAUGGCACUGAUGUUGAUCAUUUAACUGCAGGGCCUAUGCCAGACUUUUACGUUCACAUCAUACUUCUUACUGAUUUCUGAGGGCUUUAAUUGUCCCAUAAAAUCUAGUAUUUUUAUUCAUUCUGAAUGACCUUUUAUAUCUAUAAUGGCUUCAUUGAUUUCAGUAGAAACUCCUAAAGAAAAAGUUUGUGAAAAGUCAGAAUUCUGGUCCAAUUAGCAUUUCAGUCUAAUGGUUGAGCACGGAGUAGCAAU